AUGAGCCAACAACAAACACCUCGGAGACCACAAGAAGGACAAGAGCACAAAGAUCCGAUCAAGUACGGUGACAUUUUCAAUGUCUCAGAGGACUUGGCAUCCGAACCAAUCAUGCCGCAAGACGCGGCACUCAUGCAAGCGACGGAAAACCAGGCACUGGGACAAACCCAAAAAGGUGGCCCGGCUUCCGUCAUGCAGUCUGCUGCAGCCACCAAUGUCUCUGCGGGUCUUGUGGGCCGCGGAGACGUCUCUAGCGUGGCAAAAGACCAAGGGAUAUGCGUGUUGGAGAGUAAAAUUGGCGUCAACCGUGUCAUUACGGAAAGCGUGGGAAAACAGGUUGUGGGUCAGUUUGUGGAGCCAGACGUGCCCAUGAAAACUCCUGGCUCGGCUCUAGAUAGAGAUGCCAUAACCAUUGGGGAGGCUCUCGAAGCAACGACGUUGGCUCCCGCCAGCGACAAGCCAGUGGAUCAGAGUGACGCUGCAGCAAUACAAGCUGCGGAAAUGAGAGCCACCGGGAAAAAUGAGAUUCAAUCCGGCGGCUUGGCAGCCGCAGCUCAAUCUGCCGCCACCAAGAAUUCAAGGACUAUGGGUGAUUUUCAGAAGACAACCUUGUCUGAUGUCUUAACGGAUGCAAAGGAGAAGCUGCCGUCGGAUAAGGCGGUGACGAGAGAGGAUGCGGAGGGAGUCAUCGGUGCCGAGAUUAGAAACAAGGUGGACAUGAAAACUACUCCUGGUGGUGUCGCUGCAUCCCUCGCCGCAGCAGCCACCCUUAAUCAAAACAAAUCAUCGUCAUGAACUACUAGUAGUGUGUUUUAACUUUUAAUUU